AUGUCGAAUCGAUUCGACAGCCGAAACAGGGAUGAGGAACAAAAUUAUAGGAAUUCUGCAAAACCCCAGAAGAAAUUCAUCCCAAAGAGAGACCCACAAAAUUGUAGUCAGCUAGAAACCCUCUCAAAUUCCCUCCGUGCCGCCUCUGCCUGCCCGACAACCAUCCUUGGCAGUGACGGCGGUAGAGGUGGGAGUGGCGUUAAUGCUGUGGCGGAGUCGAUGGGCCGGGUGAGGAUAGGAGAGAACGGGGACUGGGUUCCGAUCAGUAAAACCCCCCUCGCUGGCCGUUUCGUAAAUUACUUGCCUCAGGAUGAGGCCGUGGCCACGGGGCUUGGCGCCGAUGAGGGUGGCUUGGAUCCUUUGGAGUCACAGCGAAUCGUGGACCUUUUGAAUAGGGAAUUGUCCAGGUUGCUGAAAUUGAGCCCCAGGGAGUUCUGGAAGGAAGUGGCCAGUGAUGUAUCAUUGCACGAUUUCCUCGAAAGCUUUCUAAAAUUUAGAAGUAGGUGGUAUGAUUUCCCGUAUCGUGGAGCAAGAGGAAUAGUUGCUGGAGUGAUUGUUGGUGAGUUUGAGUUAUGUCAGCGUGUCUUCAUGGUUUUGUAUCGAUUAUCUUCCAAUCGGGAUCCUGGGGCUAAGGCUGCUGAUGUUCUCAGUCCAAAGGAUCACGCAGCCCUUUUGCAGGACAAGAAGUUACUAGAUUUGCCAAAAUUGUUAGAUAUAUGUGCCAUCUAUGGUCAUGAAAAUGAAGAUCUGACUAAAACAUUGGUGGUGAAUGCGAUGAAGGCACAACCUGGUGUCCAAGUUGAUUUGCCCAUAGUAGCAUCUCAUUUCUUAAACGUUGUCCAGACUAUGUAUCAGCGAUGCGGCUCAUCCUUGGAGGUUUUACUUAGCUCUGGUGGUGGGAAAGACCUAGGAUCAAAUCACCUUCAUUCUGACUAUCUGGAGGUUAUGGACUUUGUAAAUGAUGCAGUUGUAUCAAUGGAUUCUUUUGUUACUGCAUACAAACCAGCAGCCAUCUUCUUCACCUCUCCGGUUGAAAUGAGCUUUGGAAAUGAGGAAUUGCUUACUACCCUUGCAAGGUUACAUGACUCACUGCUACCUUCUUUAUGGAGGGGUUUCAAUAUUAUAUAUGCAGUAGAGGAUGGAAAUCGGGAAACAUCGAGCGAUAUGCUCUCAAGUGUUUUUAUCAGUCUGAAUAUGCUAUCAAGAAGGAUAGCUAAAUUUGGUUGGAAAAUACUGAACUGCUGCUAUCUAAGCGACGAUGUAUUUGAAGGGAGUUGUUCUUUUCCUGUUUCCAUGAAGAUGUUUCCUGCAAAUGUGGAGGACCCUGCCAUAAGGGCUGACAUUCUAAUACAGUCAUUAAGAGAUCUCAGUGGAAACUACUCACAUGUGUCCGGUAGACAAACGGGGGGUACAUUUCUUCAAAACAUUGAGAAAAACCACAUGAUAAUGAGCAGUAUUGAAUUAUUGCAAAAUACAGGUUGGAUGUCAAUAGAUAACGAACAAUUCCAGCUUCUUUCUGGGAUUAUGAGGCAUCCUCUGGGAACUGAUACCAAGGAUAAAAGCUCUGUUCCAUUGCCAAAUACAAGCAACGGGAUGCAGGCUGAUGAAGACACGGCAGUUAUAGAGUCAAAAAUCAGUCAAAUAAAGGAUCUCUUCCCUGAUUAUGGUAAAGGUUUCUUAGCUGCUUGUCUUGAAGCCUAUAACCAGGACAUGGAAGAGGUGAUUCAGAGGAUACUGGAGGGUACACUCCAUGAAGAAUUACUGUCUCUUGACAUAUCAAUGGAAAAAAUUCCAGCUUCCAAAUCUUCCCCACCCGUGAGUAAGUAUGACAAGGGGAAGGCGAAACUAGUGGAAUCUGCAGGGGAUCCGCCCAAAAUUGUGGAACCAGGAGUUGCAAACUAUCAAAGUAGAGUUCCUUCAACUUCAUCCUCAUCUUCAGCUGGGAGGUUCAUUAGGAAGCGCACAGACAAUGCACCUGAUUCUGAGACCCUGGACUCUAAAAAUGAAAAGGAUUUGUCAAAAACAGCAGCUUUGGCAUCACAACUUGAGUAUGAAGACGAGUAUGACGACUCUUUUGAUGAUUUGGGUCUGAGUGUUGGCGAUUCUGGAAUUGGUGACGAUGAUUCUCUGAUGGACAGAAUGGACUCAGAGAGGCGAAGAAUAUCAGAUGCUGAUGGUGGAAGCUCUACUUCAAAUUGGAACUCACGUAGUAAAAAGCCCCAAUUUUAUGUCAAGGAUGGUAAGAACUACAGUUACAAAGUCGAAGGUUCUGUUGCUGCAGCUAAUUACAACGAAGCUGCUUUGGUUAAUCAAGCGCAAAAAGAACUUAUCCAUGGGCUUGGACAAGGUGGCAAUAUUCCUUUAGGUGCAGUUCAAAGGCUUGCGAAGUCGAACGAGGAACAAGAUGACGGAGCAGGUACUGACGAUGGUGGUGGACGAGGAGGCCGUGGAAAUGCCGGGGGUAGAGGGAGAGGCCGAGGAAGAAAUCAUUUCAGAAGGGACAGGGCUUUGAGUAAGCAUCUUUCAGGAUUGCCUGGCCGUUACAAUCAUUGA